GCCAACGGCUCUCUCCGCCGAAAGCUGGCUCAUUGAAUUACCGUGCUCACCCUGUUUGGCUUGAUUUAAACAAAUAAUUUGGAGUAAACCUGGUCGGACUAGCUCAUUGAACACCUGCUAUCUGUCACACACUUCCCUGGCCUUCUGUUUAUCUGGCUACGGCCGUGGGGCGUGCUUUCCUGGGCUCGCUGGCUGGGUUUGGUCGGGGAGGCAGGGGGAAGUACGGAGCUGGUCCCGAGUGAUGAUGGAGCUGGAGUCGGCCAGUAACAGAGGCGAACUGGGAGCAGUGGGUGACUCGCUGCAGCCACAGACCCCGAGCAGGCACGAAAAGAGCCUGGGACUGCUCACCACCAAGUUUGUGACUUUACUGCAGGAGGCAAAGGACGGAGUGCUGGAUCUGAAAGCUGCUGCAGACACCUUGGCAGUGCGACAGAAACGGCGUAUUUACGAUAUCACUAAUGUGCUGGAGGGAAUUGGACUGAUAGAGAAGAAGUCUAAGAACAGUAUCCAAUGGAAGGGUGUAGGGCCAGGUUGUAACACCAGGGAGAUAGCUGAUAAGCUGAUAGAUCUGAAGGCAGAACUAGAUGAUCUGGCCCUCAGGGAGCACGAACUGGACCAGCAGAGAGUCUGGGUCCAACAGAGCAUCAAGAACGUCACAGAUGACUCCAACAACAGCCCUAUGGCCUAUGUAAAACAUGAAGACCUCUGUGGAGCUUUCAAAGGUGACACACUCCUAGCAAUUCGUGCUCCCAUUGGCACACAACUAGAGGUGCCCAUACCAGAAGCUGUCCUCAAUGGGCAAAGGAAAUACCAGAUCCGUCUCAAGAGCACAUCUGGUCCUAUUGAGGUUUUGCUGGUCAAUAAGGACCCGUCCAGUGCCUCUCCUGUUGUUUUGCCCGUCCCUCCUCCAGAGGACGUCCUUCAGAACCUCCCAGCACCAACACCUACCUCCCAACCAGCCACUGCUGCCUCCCAGGUCCCCAAAGCUGCUCCAGCUGCUUCUACAAAAUCUGGUCCUGCCACAACAUCAGCAACACCAGCCAACCAGACCGUCUCAGUGACAGAAGUGACGAGCACCACGCCGCUCACACCAACAACAGAUACACCUGCUGCAGCCACUCAGCAGCUUCAGUCCUCUGCCUCGUUGGAUGGAUCUGCAUCCUCCUCUGCCUCUGCAGUAUUUGAACCAAUUAAGUCAGAUCCCUCUGAACUGCUGGACUUUCCCAAAGAGCUUUCUGAAAUGUUUGACCCAACAAGAGAGAUCAUGAGUGGAGAUUUGUUGGAGGAUUUGAUGUCAUCAGAAGUGUUCUCGCCUCUCCUCCGGCUGUCCCCUCCACCCAGUGACCACGACUACAUAUAUAACCUGGAUGAGACAGAAGGCCUGUGUGACCUCUUCGAUGUCCCCAUUCUCAACCUCUGACCCCUGAAAUUGUUGUCAGAGUGGGAAACAGUUGCUCUAACGUGCUAAUCUACCUUCAUUUUCUCCAAGUUUUCCCCCCUCACUGACAGUGAAGGUGAGAAGAGGUGCAGGAAAGCCAGUACCAUCUGAUGAGCGUUCAAGGACACCUCUGCACUGACACGGUGAGCUCAAGCUGAGCUCAGUCAGACAGUAGCUUGUACAGCCUCAUGAAGAAAUACAAGAACAAAACAUUUUACUGCUUUUCCAAGGAAACAAAGUCAAAAGACAAAUAAUUAUAUUUUUGGAUUCUUGUGUAUUAUAAAGCGUUAUGUUUGUGUAUCAGCUUUCCCGUGUGCUCGUGAGCGAAUGUGUGUAAGCGUACUUUACACGAGUGUGCUUGUGAGUCUGUGUGCCUGCUUUUAUUUUGUAUCGAACGCUCUCUUAACUUGAGCCAGAUGUCUCCAGGAAAAAAAAAAUAGAGAAACCUAUCAGGUCAAGAGGCAUUGCAGACUAACGGAGCACAGCCUUUAUCACCCGGCAGCUGGCACCACGCAUGGCUAGAAUGAGUCCAAACACAGCUGGUUAAAUAUGCACUGUCCUCAUGUACAUAGAGAAUAUAUAUUUUGUAUUACCAGCACACAAGACUAUUGUUUUAUUAUGAACUACAUUUGUGACACAGGCAGAGCAACAAUUUGCAAAAAAGAAGAGAAAGAAAGGUAUCAUGGUCAAAUGUUCAUACUGUGUGUAUGAAGUGCUUUGUUUUGAGUAAUUGGACUUGGUUUUGAUUAAAGCUUUCAGUGCAGAAGUGUUGUUGGGUUCCAGUGAGAGAAAGAGGAACUUAAUACUAAACUAUUGAGGCCAAUAAACUUUGUAACUUAACCAGCCAAAGACAAAAAAAAAAAAUUCAAGGCAAGGGGGUGGGAAGUUUUAAAAUACUACCAUUUUAUAUGAAGACCUUUUUAGGUCAUCAAGGUGCUUGUUAAAAUGAGAAAUCAACUCCACAUUAUGACUACCAUGUUCUUUAACUGGUUCAGUUUUGGCACAUCCAGAGAUGGAUGAGAGGUUUGAUUGUUUUAAAAAAAAAAAAAAAGGCAUUCUUUCAGUUUCAUUUUGCCUCUGGACUAUUACUAUUGGACCUUGCAGAUUU